AUGAUGGCGAGGUUUCGCAUUGUGGUAGGUGUUUUUUAUUAUUUUUUUGUAAAAUAACUUGGGUUUUAAGGACUGCACAUUACUGGUUGUUGUUAUAUUCUUCAUCUAUACAAUAUCAUUUGGUGGAUGUAAGUUUUCUCUGAAUUUGUGAAAAAAUCACGACCAAGAAAAUUUUUGUAGCUCCAAAAGAUGAAAUUUUCGAUGAAUAUGGUGGCCAAAUAGCACCCAAUUAUUUAUACGAAGAUAUUCGAGAAAUGUGCCAAUUUUUGGAACACGAAAUACGCGGAGAUGAAGGAGAUCAAUGGUUGAAAGGAAAUGAUUAUGAAAAUGAAUUGAAACUUCGAGGAAUCCACGUGGCAUUUCGACAUGGUGAAAGAUCACCUCUUACAGCAACUGGUGAUGAUAAUACAGAUUGUAUUCCACAAAGAGAUAUUGAUCGGAAGAAUUUUCAAAAAUAUAAAGAAUUAGCAUUGUCUGAGGAUGUGGUCGAAUUUUUACGAGUUGAUAAAUCGAUUGAAACUUAUCCAAGAGUUCCGGACGAGUGAGUUAAUUUUAAAAAUAUAAUUAUAUGGGGUAGCAAAAUUUGCAAUUAUGAGACUUUUAGAAAUGAGAUGAAAAAAUUAACCACCCCAAAUGUAACUCACGUUUUUAAAUUGUGCCCAAAUGCAACAUUUUUAUUUUUUAAUAAUGAAAUGCUUCUUAAAUUUUAGCAAAUUUUUUUUAUAGCGUGAACUAUUUAAUAAUAUUUUGAACGUGUAUUUUUAAUUGUGCAAGCAUUUCAAGCUUCAUAUUUGUUAUAAACAAGAAUAUAUUGUUCCAGUUCAAAAUGUUCAAGUGGUCUUCUAACUGCUGAAGGUGCUCUUCAACACGUGAAACUUGGAAAAUUCUUACGCGAAAGAUACUCAAAAACAAAAUUAUUCGAAGAUGAUUCCCAAAGAAUUGUAACAGAUGUGAUAACUUCUAAAUAUCCUCGAACUCUUCAAUCACUUCUCGCAUUUUCAUCCGAAUUCCUAUUCAAAAAACGAAAUUUCCUAACACCAGUUGAGAUUCGAGCUUCUGAUCACACUUUUCAAUGUGUUGAUGAUUUUUGUGAUUGUAAACUUGCUAGAAAAAUGCGAAAAGAUUAUGAAAAAGAACACGCGGAGUAUUUUGCAAAUAUGCUCGAGUUAUCGAAAAAUAAACAUCUUUCUGAAGAAGUCGCGAAAAUUCGACACAACUUUGCCGAUUUUUCUGAAUCCGAUGAUCCACUGAAAAUAAUUGAUGUAUCACUUGGAAAAUUCAUUUGUCGACGCAAAAAAUUACCGUGUAAUGGAGAAGAUUGUUUAGAUUAUGGAUUCCUCAAUGAAAUGAUUAAUAUUUCAACAAUUCGAGGAGAAGAAAUGUUUGAAAAUCGGAAAUCAGGAAUUUCAAGAAAAUUGCAUGUUUUAGAAGCUUGGCCAGUUUUAUCAUAUGUCAGAGAUUCAAUUGCUAAAAUUCGCAAAUUUCCGCACACAAAUUAUAUCAGGGUUUGUUGAAUACUUUUUUUAUAAUUAGAAAAGUUACAUUUUUCAGAUUUUCUCUGGCCACGAUGUUUUAAUUGCUCCAAUUCUCCGAGUUCUCGGCAUUCCAUUCGUCGAUCCUCCACAUUAUACUUCUAGGAUUAUUUUCGAAAUUUAUGAACAUUUGAAUGAUGGUAUUUUUAUACGGGUUAUGUAUAACGGUUAUAAUCGAUCAAGUGAUGUCAAGUUUUGUAAGGUGAGAAUUUGAAGAAAAAUGGGAAAUUUGGGAAAUGGUUUGUAAUCGAGUUUUUUUUUGCUUGGAAAAUGAUCCUAAGGUUUUUGCUGCUAGAAAUCGUUAGAAUCGAAAAUUUGUAAAAAAAAAGUUUUUCGAAAAAUUUUGAAUUUUAAAUUUUGAGCAAACUCAAGAUUUAUUAAAAGAUUUAUGAAAUUUGGAUUGUUUUCAGCUUAAUAACUUCGUAUUUCUCAUUUAAAUCUUUUCUUUCCAAAAAGUUCCCAUGAAAAAUUUCCCUAUUUUUUCAGAACUCCGACUUGAAGUUUGGAAUGUGUCGUGCUUCAGCGUUCGAAAAUUUCAUGAAACCCGAAAACUAUUUUCAACAAAUCGGAGUCACAAAUUUCCGCGAUGCGUGUACCUAA